ACCUCAUAACCCAGCUUAAAGGCUCUGAUAAUCUCCACCCCACUUUGAUCAUUUUGUCAUCAACUUCCCUCUGCGCCUUAUGAGCUGCCUUCAGUCUUAUCUAUAUUUUAUUGCUUCUUAAUAUCCUGUAGUCUUUUCAACUCCAAAGAUUAGAAGCUUCUUCAUGGCAGGGACCGUGUUAUUUAUUUAUUUAUUUAACAUCAUCUAUUUAUUUCGAGAGGGCAGCCUGAGAUAGGGCACUUGGAUUUUGGAAGCCACAGAGAUUUGGGUCUGGAUCCUGGCUCCAAUACUUAGCUGUUUGGCCUUGGGUGAGUGUCUUAACCUUUCUGAGCCAGUUUCUUCAUCUGUAAAAGAUGCUAGAGCUACUUUCCUUGCAGAAUGAGGGGCAAAGAUUACAGAGACUACGAAGUGUCCAUUGCAUAAUGAGCAGACAGUAGUUCGUCUUCUCUGCCAUGUGGGAGCCGUCCUUGAAUUGGGGGACAAGCUUCUUUGACUACCUUUCCCUCCGUACUGGGAUGCUUCCAAGCCAGUAACGGGACACUGUUAACAAUUACACUGGUUUCACAGACGUAACCCGGGACGCAAGGCCACCCUACCCUAACUCACAAUAACCGGUGAGGGCAGGGUUCAGAUCCAACGCCGCCGAAACCCAGUGCCUACACAUGGCGCCAAGCGUAGUUAAAUUCAGGGAAAGUCUGUCGAGUGAAGAAACGAACAGAACCUGCCCUUCCUUCAGUUUCUCAGAGCACCAGCGAGUGAAGAAGCAAAGAAUGAAAAAGCUGCCCACGCCGCCUUCCCACCCCCACCCGGGUCCCAGUGUCUCCAGCAGCCUCCUUCCCUAGCCCUCUUCCCCGCCCCUGGUUGUCUUGGAAACAAGUGACGUAUAUGCAAGGGGCGUGACCUCUUGCCAUCCUCUCCCGGAGACCUAGGCCCCUUCUUAUCCCAACCUCGGAUGAAGCCAAACUCGGAUGAGGCUGAGGUUGGAGUCCUCCAUGGUGCUGCCCCACGCCGGACUUGGAGCUAACUCCGCUCCCUGGCCGCCUGCCUUGGGCACCCAGAUUACCCGAUGCCGGCACCCAACCCCUCCAGUCCGCCCGGCACCGGUUCUGAUUCUGGUACCCCUUGGUUCCUGGCCCCGCUGGAGUUCCGGUUCUGGAAGGUCUUUGCCAGGUGCCUCGGGCCCGCUCCCACCCGGCAUGAGCAUCCUCCAGCGCCUGAGGCAAAUGGACAUCCGCAAAGGUGUAGUGAGCCUGGCCACGGGCGCCGGGGCCAUCUACCUGCUCUACAAGGCCAUCCGGGCCGGCAUAAGGUGUAAACCACCCCUCUGCAGUGCCUCGCCUAUCUGCAUAGCCCGCCUGGCAAUCGAGCGAGAGCGGCACGGGCGGGACUCAGGUGAGCUCCGGAGGCUCCUCACCUCUUUGGAGUGCAAACAGGAUGAGUACGCCAAGAGCAUGAUCCUGCACAGUAUCACGCGCUGUGUGUACUUGCUGGAGUCCGAGGCCUCAGCCUGUACUAAUGAGGACAUUGCAUUGGUGGGCUCCAUGCUGGAUGACAAGGACAACAGUGUCAAAAUCCAAGCUCUGAACACGCUUAAAGCUUUCUCUGGCAUCAGAAAAUUCAGGCUCAAAAUCCAGGAACAUUCCAUCAAGGUGCUGGAACUGAUCUCCACCAUCUGGGACUCAGAGCUGCACAUCUCCGGCCUCAGACUCCUCAACAACCUCCCACUGCCUGACUUCGUGCAUCCACAGCUGCGACGCGUGAUGCCCGCCUUGAUGGAGAUCCUGCAGUCGGACUAUAUCCUGGCACAGGUGCAAGCCGUACGAUUGCUGAGCAACCUAGCACAGAAGAAUGACCUUCUCUAUGAUAUUCUCAACUGCCAGGUGCACUCCAACUUCCUGAACCUGUUCCAGUCCACCCAGCCUGGGAGUCUGCUGUUCGAGGUGUUGGUGUUUGCAGAGCGGCUGAGUGAGGGCCGGAGUUCACCCCACUACCGCGCCGUGAAGUGGCAUUACAACCAACAGUCUGUGCAUGAAGCUCUCUUUGGGGAUGAUUCACGACUGGCAGACCGGCUGCUCGCCCUGGUCAUCCACCCUGAGGAGGACGUGCAGAUCCAGGCCUGCAAGGUCAUAGUCAGCCUGCAGUGCCCCCAGGAUGUGGGGGUCCGGCCCUCCUGUCCGCCCAGUCAUUCCUGCUUUAAUCCUGGGGAAUAAAGUCAUGAGAGCCCGUC